UUUGUGUAAUUAAAAAUGAGUAUAAAGCUAUAAAAAUUAAAUUUAACAACAUGGCAUGCAGUAUUUAUCUUUAAUCUUUUAAUAUGCACUCUGUCCUUUUCUUUUUUGAAAAGAAAUAAGAAUGAGAGAAGUGUAUGUGUACAGGUGAUAGAGUGCAGCUCCAACUCCAACCUUUCCAGUAAAGAUGGAAUCAAAAUGGCGGCGUGUUGCAGUAGCGUUAAUUAAAUAGAUUAAUUGUUGCCAGUUUUGAGCAAUUUAAAUUGUUGACAUCGUCGAAUAUUAACGCAGCUUCCGAAAAGAUGUUUGCGGCUAAUUAAGGAUGACAAAAUUAUAAAUGAGGUUGUCCCCAUCUCUGGUUGACUGUACAAAAUAUGGAUACAGUGAUAAUUUACGAUUAAAUAUCGAUCUGCUGUAUCAAAAUCGUAUUGAUGCGAUGGACAAUCUGUCAGAUUCGUUCCGAGGAGAGUUGGAUUCUGUAACUUCGACGGAUUCCCUUCAACUUAUCACCGAUGAGUUCCAUCUGCGACACCUGUCCACACCCGAUGUUUCCAACAUUGAGCUGUCCAAACGAGUGGCUCUGCUGGAAUUGGAGAACGAACGACUACGUGUUGACUUGGAAAACGCGCGGAUUGAUCUGAACGCUCGGAUCGCCGCGAAUCAGGGUCUUAAGGGCAAGGUAACCGAGCUAUUCGUGGAGAUGCAAACGGUGUUGCAGGACAAGCAGAAGCUGCAAAACACGCUGACCGACACCAACAGUCGUCUGGCUGCCGUGGAGGCCUCCAUGAAAUGGUAUCAGUCGCAGGUGCACAUCUUGAUGGCUAGCAAGAAGAGCCUACAGGUGGAGAUAGAUACAUACCAGAAUAUACUCAAACAGCGGCAGCGCGCGAUCGCGGAUAUAAACGCCAGUUACAAGAAACUGAGCGUCGAGUAUACCGAGCUCGCGCAACAGUAUCAGAGGGAGAAGCAGGAGAUGCAAGAUACGAUGAAGGACUUGCAGUCGCAUAUCCGAGCUAUCAACAUGGCGCAGGACGCAUUAGACGAAGGAAACUCGACUGGCAGUCCGACAGACGUGUCCAUGAUAUUGGAAGCGACCGAGGACGAAUUACGAAACGCUAAAGCCGAACUGAAGACGCUGGAGCAACGCUUAUUGAGCAACGAGGUGGCCAGAAUGUCAAUGGAGAACACGCUAAGUAAGCAGCGCAUUCUGAUCUCGUCCAUGGAGGAGAACAUGCAAAAGUCCGAGACGGAGAGAAACGAGACCGCCGACCUGUUACGGAAAACCCAAUUCGAGAUGCAGAAGAUGAAGUCCGAAAACGAGACGCUGCAGACCUCGUUGUUGGUAUCCAAACGAGAGCAAAGUCAAGUGGAGGACGCGAUUUCUCAUCUAAGACUGCAGCUGACGAAAAUGAUCGCGCAGUACAAACUGUUGAAAUCCAAAAACGCGGAGUCCGAGGAGAAAUUAUGUGCCAUGCAGGAUCUCGCGAACGAGAAUAAACGCUUGAAGACCUUAUCGUACAAAGCGAACAGUGCACUGCUUAAAAAGCUCAGAGAGGAGAAGGCUAAGUUGAAAAAUUUGGAACAAAAAGUCUACUGUAAGCAGACGAACGAUCAACUUGACAAUAUGAAAAACAUCAAAUCAGAACAUUCUUUACGAGAAUACUUGAAACAAGUUCUGUUAAGAAACAAGGAUUUGCAGGACCAACUAAAAUCGAUAACUAGAGUAGUCGAUGAAAGUAUCGAUGAAGGAUACGGUGACAGCAAUAGUAUUAAUACUUCCUCGAUCUCGCUGGACAUACCGUCGCCGUCUCCCGUAAAUUCAGUAUUAUUGAACAACGCUAUCGAUGUUCUCGCGCGAAGCAAAGACUUUGAUUCGCCGAUGCAAGAGGAGCUAAAUGCACUUCGAUCGAAGAUCGAAACACUUCGAAACCAAUGCAAUAUGUUGAACUAGCAAAAAGCUCAUUCCAAUGUCAAUGACGUGACUUCUCCAAAAAAUUCUAUAAUUAUAUAAUUCGGGGCUUAUUUCUUGUUCGAGAACAUACGAAUAGAAUAUAGCCUUAGUAGGUAAUUAGACAUUCAUUUUACACGAUAUAUUCACAUAUAUCGUAUUUAAUUGAAUUUAAUUUUAGGAGUAUAUAUGUGGCAAAAUAAACUGAAUAAUAGACAUUAUGUGCUAAACGGAUGUUUAUACAAUAGUAUUAACGAUAAUAUUUGUCGUAUGUAAAAGAAGGUUGUAAAAUGACAUUAAUAUUUAUUUGUUAUUUUUUGUUUUGGACAUGUUAUAUAACUGUUAUUUAUCAUAUAUAUUUAUUCCCAUUUUUGUAUUCGACAUAUUCGGUUUAUAAUAUUAAAAUUUGUUAAAAAAUGCGACUAGAUAAAUAAUGGAAGAAAUCUAUCAACAUUAUUUUGCAAAUAAGUAUAAAUGUAAAUAGUAUAAUACUUAUCGUAAUCACAAAACUGCGUAAAAAGUGCCACGCACGCAAUAUAGUUGUGUAUUAUUAUUGUGUAUAUAAUAUAAUGCUUAUUACUCUAAUAUAUGAAACGUGGCUGUAAUACAAAUGCCAGUAUUACAAAAUAUGACGUGAAGUAUUUAUGUUAUUGUUAUUGUUAUUAAAGAGAAAUUUUAAGAAGAUACACUAAUUUUCAAAAAGAAACUUCUGCAAAAAUGUACGCGACCUGUACGAAUAUUUUUUUAAUAAACAAAAAAAUAUGCAGACUAAAUUAGAAUGCGCUUGAGACAGUAUAUCAUCUUAUCUAUGUACUUAUAGCUACUAUAGGAACAAAUGGAGAGAAGAACAUUAUAAAUAUUUUUCUGCAUUUCAUAGCAGCAUUUAAAGAAGUGAGAUAAAGUUACUGAUCUUCCAAACAUCUUGUUUAAGCUUAAAAAUCUACUCAGCAUUUAAGCUCACUAUGAAAGCAAAUCAUAAAAUAAAAAUGUGAAUUACAUCGAUCCCGUUUAACAAUAGAUAUAUAAUUACAUAUAUAAUAUUUAUGUAUCAUAAUAGCGUUGGGGAAUAUUAUCAUGAAAUAAUCAUCUAGACUUUGUAUUGUAUCGUUUUCGGUGCGAAUAAACGCACGGAAAAUAUGUCGACAGAGAUUUAAAUAUAUGUAUAUAUGUUAUUAGACGAUUUAUUUGUUAUUUUUCAAUAGUUUCAUCUUAUAAGUUUGGAUAAUUUUCUAUCUUCCAUUUUUUAAAUAAUGCUAAGCCACAUAAGAAGGGCGGCUUGUAAUAAUUCGAUGUUAAUUAGAAUAUAUAUGUCUGAAACUAAUAAAAUCCUAUUAAUGAUGUCA